AAUCCGUGCCGGGAGCAGCUGGGCGACACCGAAAGGGAAGUAGACGUGAGGUACUUACAACGACCAACCUGUUCAGUACAGCAUCAACCAACGGACCACGGUGUGACGGAGGGUGGGGCAGAAGCAGAGAAGCAGCGUCCGGGGGAAAGGCAUCUACGACCGAGAACACGAAAGCUGACAAAGCCGUGGAAGCGGAGACGAAGAGAGAUGCAGGGCUUUAGAGUGGCGUCAGACAAGAAUUCUAGUAAACGCUGGUUGAGCAGUGGA